AUGCCACCCACGAUGGCUCCGCCGAAGCAAAAGAUACCGUACGAAUUGAAGAAUCGUCGAGAAUGGGACCCCAAUUUUGUUGGAGAACCUCUGUCCGAUUCAGGUGAAUCUGAGUCCGAUACUUCUAGUGAUGAGUGGGUAGAAGGUGGCAUCGCUAGCGAAAGCGAGAGUACAGGCGGCGAGUCUUCUCGCAACAUUGCAUCGGUUCCAGCUUCUCGUCGAUCUGGCGGUCCAGAAGAGGAUGACGGACAAGGUUGGCAGACUGUUCAAACAAAAGGUAAAACACGACCAUCCAACACACCUUCGAGAAACAACCUACCACCACAAGCGUCGAGGACCAAUUUGCAGAAGUAUGUACACGCUCAAGUUUCCAGCCAAUCUUUGCAAACCCGACGACCAGCACAAGCUCAUCAUAGGCGACCUGUACCAGUCACACGACAGCGGAAAGUUGUUCCACCCGAUGCCAAGGGAAAUAGAUUGAUAAAGCCCUUCUUCAACUUUGCGAGAGACAAUCGUGCGAAAACGGCCUAUCGACAACGAAAGCCGCCGGACGGGAAUUACCAGCUCCACAAAAAUCCGAACGAGAUUGAGCCGGAUAUAAAACGAUUAUAUGACAUGCUAGCAGAGGUCGGUGUUCGCUGUAAUAGUUUCCUAAUUCCACCUCAGAGCUGGAAUGAGCGAAACAUUUUGAUUUGGGGCGACACACGCGCCUUAGCUAAGACCCGGGCUGCGUUGACGGAUUGGCUUCGACGAGCUGAGGAAGGCCCCGUCCAGAGAGCAAAAGGAAAGGACGCGUUUACUACCGAGAAUUCGACCAUAGGCCACUUACAUAAGAUGGAACUGAAGCGUCUACGCAACGAAAUCGAGUUGAAAUCCUUUCAGCAAGUUCCAGAUCCAGGUCGUCAUUUCGAACAUCAGGGGUGGUAUCCUUGGAGAGUUGAAGAACUAGACCCUAAAGAAGUCUUUGGUCACAGUAUGGAGGCUUUCGAUACUGUGAGGCAUGAGUGUAAGUGCCACAUCGUCUUCAACGAUAGGCUUGAAUGUUUCCGCAUAUAUACGGACUGCAAAGAUAGCGUGGAGCACGCUUUAUCCCGAAUUCGUGGCGCACACGAAAGCAUUCGUCAACAAAGUCAAUAUCCUAUUAUCAAGUUCAUGGUCAAUCCUCCGUCCGCCACAUCCGCGCUCAGCCAGAUUCAAUUAUCCAAAUCGCAGCCGACCAAAGAUACCGAGCAGUUCUCAAAGAUCCCUAGGCUUUCUGGACCGGCUCUCGAUGCAAAGGGCAGAAGUACAUGGGACCAGCAAAGCAGACGAAGCACUGCAGACAACCAGAAGUGGAUCGAAGAGUCCUUUAAAAAGCUCUGGCCGAGGUUAAAGUUCUAUGACGGCCACCUUCAUAUGCGCAUUGGGUUUGAUUUGUUAUCGCCGGAAAACCUCUCGUCCCAAAGUCUUGCUGAAUCCAGACCAACUUUCGUUGGACGCUUUCUCAUCCAUCGGUUUGACCGGCCAUCCAUCAUCUACGAAACGAUUUUGCAACCUGAUUCCCUGGAUUCAAUCAAGUACGACAUAGGGGCCUCGACAUGGUCACGUUCAGAUAGGAAGGGUGCUAAAGCACCUCUAGACUUUACCAUGGUCCAGGUCGAUGGGUAUUGGAAUCGAUCUCUAGCUUAUAGAGCAACGUAG